AACAUGGGAAAUCCGGGUCAGAGGUGACGACUCCGUCAGCCUUCACUGAUUUUUUACUUGGAAGAUGAGGUUGGUGUGUCAGGGAUGUCGCUAGCAGAGGCGAGUAGCUUUUAGAUGUAAAGUAAUACCAUCGCUUGAUUCUUGUUCUGCAUCCAACCGUAUACGUGUAGCUUUCGAGCAAUGGCGCUGUUUACAAAAAAUAACCUCGCGAUCUUUGCGCUGAUAGCCUCGGUCAGUCUUGUUGGCCAAAGCUCGGCCUUGUCAGAGGGAAGUAACAUCAAAGAUGAAGUCGUGUCAUACUGGAUAGAUAACGGGUGUAACUUCCCUCCCCGGACGUUCUACAACAGUGACAAGUUAGACGUGUGUGACCGGCCCUACCGCACGGGGGACAGAACGUCCGGUCUCUGCAGGUUCUUUUAUGAAGUGUCCAAAGACCUGUGUUACGCCGCCUCGGGAGAGACCGAGGACGCGCAGAUGCUGGAGAUGUUAACGUUGGACAGCUACAUUCUCGUCCUGGACAACAGACGGCUCUGUCACAUCUUCCUGUCUAUGGACAGGGGAGGGAUCCUACCUGAGGUGAACGAUAUGACCAGGGGCUGGUACAAAAAGGCGAGAAGCAUCCUGACGACAGAACGGUCGUGUACAGCCGUGUGUGACUCGGCAGGCAUGCACCCGCUCUGCGUCGCCAUCUUUGUGUCGUUCGAAUACAUCCGGGACGUUCAGCCGCCGAUGUACGGUGACCUGUUCAGGAACAAAGAUGACUACUACAACUACGACUACACCGACGAUGACAAUGAAGAUGAGACACUCAACGACGGGGAGACAGACAACACGACGACAGGUAACGCGACGUCACUUCCGGGCACGAUCAGCAACAACAACACCUCAGCGGUCAACCUGACAUUUGUUCAGUCCAACAACACAGGCACAACUACCCCGGGUGACCACAGCAUCGAAACGUCAACAACGAAACAAGAUGUCAUAGAAGACAUAUUUGAACUUGUUGACUACGAAGAUGUCAAGGAUGAGUACGGGACAACCACCACUGCGCGGGGCUUCUCUACUACAAGUCUUCUUGAAGAUGGCGAUAAGAUUGAGGUUAAGAAUGACAACGGGACAACAGGUGCAGUCAACAGAUCCACCUCCCUACAGUCGGCCACCACGCCAACUAUUAUUGCGAACGAGAGCUCGCCGUUGCCAGGGCAACGGAACGGCAGCUUCCCUGUGUACACCGGGAACAAGAACAAAGGCGAUAACACCCACCACCGCCAGGGGGCAGGCCUUCCUGACUCGGACCAGUUGAAGAAAGAAGAACAGAUGAAUUACUACGCCGUGCUGCUUGGCUGUAGCGGGCUCCUUAUAGCAACACUUCUCUAUGUUAUCUACAAGAACAAGAGGGCGAUCGCCAUGCUGAUAGCGACAGGACGUCGGGAGUACCGCAGCGCGCCCAGGCCCAAGCGGACAGACGGGUACCAACGUCUGGGGCAGCAGGACAUCGCUUAGACGCUAUCCAAACCUAGAUUCAGUUUGCCAAAAGGGCGCCAAAAGACUUAUUUAGUCAAGUUCACACAGUUUGUAAGUUUAAUUUAGCAUAUCACCCUGACAUGUACGACGUUAAACAUUGUUGUUUACAAUCCUUAGGUAAUCCUUACAAUUCAAUGUAUAACUGUCGUUAGACAGCUGUUAUUUGGUUCGAAAAGUUGAUCAACUGAUGUAAUUAAUACAAAGAGGACCUUGUUUGCAUAGUCAGUCGUAAAGAGUAUAUCAUUUGCCGAAGGUAUGAGAUCGUGGAACUCUUGUUUCAUUUCGCAUAAAUCCAAAACGAUGCUUUUUGUCGAGUGUGGUGACGCUACACAGAUAGAAAAUUAUGUUCAAACUUCAAAGAACAGAAUGAGAGAUUAAGUUAGAAUUCAACGAGAAUUUUCAAGGUAGCAACAAUCAGGUAAAAUGAUUUCAUGGAAAGCUGUUGUACACCUAUUAAAACUAUUGUAAAAUAAGAAACAGCAUUCAGGCCGUUUCAC